UAUCGACACUUGUUAUGUAAUGUUCAAUUUAUAUUUCCUUCAAAGGACCGUUCUACAUCAACGUAACCACGCACAAAAUUAACUUCAAAAAAACAGUGAGUUAAACAAAAACUUAAGAGUUCAUAGUUAAAGUGAAUUCUACGCUUACCUCGGCUAAGUUACGAUUGAUCCGUUGAUGAAACACCCUCCAUCUUUUCUCUUUCGAUAGCCGCUGCUUUCGCAAGCCUCUUUUCACGCAAAGCCAAAUAGUUCCUUCCAGUAAAAACCAGGAUGUAAACCGAAGCUGCCAUACAAGUAAAGGUAAUUGACUUCUGAGCAAAAUUCGCAACUUUUGACAACGUACCCAUCUCUACGAAAGUUCUUCGAAUCCUUGGAAAGCGUUAGGAGUUAAUCAGCGGUAUUGUUCCUUAAAAAGAUGCGCAGGUAUUUCACAAUUUCGCGGGAGUAGAGCGGGUAGUAAAAUGGCAACAAUUUUUCGUGCGAAUAUUGCUCUCAGAUCGCUUGCUCGUAGAACUUUAAUCUGCCGUUUCUACUCAAAUGGCAGUCAGUCUCAGGAAGGACCGAUUGGUUUCAUUGGAUUAGGGAACAUGGGAGGUCCUAUGGCUAAGAAUCUGUUAGAUGCAGGACAUGAGAUCAUAGUAUAUGAUGUAUUUCCAGAAGCUCUAGUUGAUUUUAAAUCACUGGGUGCAGCAACAGCUGCCACGCCCAGUGAGGUGGCAUCUAAGGCAUCCACUAUUGUCACCAUGCUACCAUCAAGCCCAAAUGUGAGAGAUGUAUACUGUGGGGAAAAUGGGAUUCUUAGUAACGUCAAGCCUGGAUCAUUGUUGAUUGACACCAGCACAAUUGAACCUGCUGUUGCCCAGGAGAUGGGGGAACUUACACAGACCAAGGGAGCAACAUUUCUAGAUGCACCAGUUUCUGGGGGAGUGACAGCAGCCAAAGGAGGAACCUUAACAUUCAUGGUUGGGGGCAAAGAAGAAGCUUACGAGAAGGCUGCUAAAAUAUUACAACACAUGGGCAAGAAUGUGAUCCACACAGGAGCCACUGGGACAGGCCAAGCUGCUAAGAUCUGUAACAAUCUGUUGCUCGCUGUGAGCAUGAUAGGAGUCUCAGAAGCCACAAAUCUUGGAAUCCGCUUGGGACUGGAGCCAGAAAUGAUUGCCAGAGUAAUAAACACAAGCAGCGGCCGCUGCUGGUCCAGUGACACAUACAACCCUUGCCCGGGAGUUAUAGAAGGUAUUCCUUCCAGCAAUAACUACCAAGGAGGGUUUGCAUCACAGCUCAUGGUCAAGGUGAGCUAAGAAUUAUGAUUUCUAAGAAAUUUGUACUGAGUUUGUAUCUAUUUGGUCAACACCAAAAAACAUGGUGUUAUCUUAGUAUGGUAUCACCUUUUCAGUAGUUAGUGUUGUUCUAGAAAACAUUCAUGCUCCCCCACUCCCCCCAAC